AUGUGCCUAGGUAAGCUGUACUUCGAACAGCUAAUAUUAGUAAGAUGCAUAAAGGGGCGUCAAAGUGGAAAUAUAACGACAGGAGAAUCUCGGUGUGUAAGUUGGAAUGUGUAUUGCACCACUUCCAUGAUUGGGCUUUUUUCCUGGCGCAAAAUGUUGCUUUUUCAACAUUUUUCUUAUACGCAGAGAGAGAAUCGUCAGAUAGGUGGUAAAACUUGGAGCCUAAUUAGCUCAUUAUUUCAUUUGAACGAGACAUUGGCUUCUGCCCUACAUCACCCAUACGAGACAUUGGCCUUAUACGAGGCGUACUUCGCCUUGCGGGAAAAAAAAUUUCUUUUGUAA